CACUUAAAAUUACCAUAAAAACGUGAUAUAUCACGUGUUUGAUUUUUCAAUAGAAAAAAAUCACAGUUUUUUUUUCAUCUUUUUCUUCAGAAUUUGAAGAAAAAACAGCUCCACCACUGUUUUUGAUCACAGAACAAUCUUUAAGAUGAAAAGCGAUAUCUUGCACUUGGUAAAGCCUAGUUCUUUGGCCUCUACUGCUUUGUCUCCUUUGACUGUCAAUGUCGUUAUACAACCAACUGCGCUAUUCUCGAUAUUUGAGGCUUCUUUACGUAUUCAAGAAGGCAAUUCAAGAGUGAUUGGGACUUUAUUGGGUUCACGUUCUGAUGAUAAUUCUAACAUUGAUAUCCGGGAUGCUUAUAUUGUGCAACACAAUGAACAAGGUGAUAAUGUUACAGUCAAUGAAUAUAACCACAAGACUUUUUUGAACAUAUAUAAAAAGACAAGUCCAAAAAUUAUGAUUGUCGGAUGGUUUUCCACUAUUUCAUCUUUAGACAUUUAUUCAUCAUUAAUUAACAAUUUCUAUUUAGAUGGCAAUUACUCAAUUCCAAUUGUUCAUUUAACUUUAGACUCAAUUGAUCCUUCGAGUAACCUACCAAGCGUUCCAAAAUUUGAUACUUAUAUUUCAACAAUGGUUGGUAAAUCUGCUGUAAAUGAUCAAAAUUCAACUGUUUUUGUUCCAAUUCCUCAUACUUUAAACUACUCUUCUCAAGAAAAAAAUUUAUUAUCUUGGGUAUCAAAGGCAAAGGAUCAAUCAAAUAGCUCUGUUCUUUUGCCAUCAGGCCAAUCAACUGAAUUAAUCAACUUAUCAAACGAUUUAAAAGAUGUUGAUGAUUUAAUAGACAAGGUUUCUAAUUAUGUAUCACAAGUUGUUAAUGGUGAAAUCGAAGGAGAUGAUGAAGUUGGAAAAUAUCUCCUAAGUAAUAUACCUGCUUCCCCAAAUAACCUAGGAAUCAGUAAAAUUGAACAUCUAUUCAAUUCUCAUAUCCAAGAUACUCUUAUGCUUGAAUAUCUCGCUAGUUCUAUUAAAACCCAAAUUGAAUUAUCUGCUAAACUCACCACUGUCGUUUAAUAUUUUUGAUUACAUCUCUCUUCUUUCUUUUCUUUUCUUUUAUCUUUAUUUUUUUAUUAUUUAUUUUUUUCUCAUUUCCUCUAUCGGGAUAGGUUGCUUAUACAGUAUAAUAAAUUUUAAUCU